AAAGGCCAACCAGUCAGACAACUUAAACGAUAGUGUAGAUAAGGUUGAGAAGACUUUCAGUCUUGUCCUGCAACUUCCAGUAACAUAGGUGAGCUGACAGAAAAACACAAGGUUGGUAACUUAUUUACUCUUUGCAGUUCAAUACAGAAGUAUCUGUUUCCCAUUUUAAAUGCAAAGAGAUGUCCCGUGUGCAGCUUCAGGUUAGUUUUGUAAAGUAGUUUUGCUCACUGCUCUUUCAUAAUUCAUUAGAUGGAUCUUACCACAAGGUUAUUUGUCUUGCAGGAUAACUGGAGUCAGUAUAAGAACAUUUGUCCAACUAAUAAUCCUCCUACUGACCUUAUUAUUAAAUUCAAUACUAUAUUCAUAAAUCCAUUCCUACCUGUUGAUUGCAGCCAUCUUUUAGGUGUUUCAUUCUUCUACCUUAGGAAAACCUUACUUUUCGUUACUCUAAGUAUGCUGACGUGGACGUUACUGAAAUGGACAGUUAACAAAUGUCCCAACCAUAACAGAAAUUAAAAUGGUAGAUGAAUCUGUCAUGCUAAAUGCAUAUAUAGAUAGAUAGAUCUAUCUAUCUCAUCAGUAAAAUUAAUAUGUAUAUAUUUUAUUAGCUGAACUUUGAGUGUGCCUCGAGGCUCUGUAUUAAUAUAAGUGGCUUAUUGAUCACUGAAAUUCUGAGUAUCCCAGGGAUUGAGGUCAACAGGAUAAUGACUGCUUUUCGGAUCACUGGAAAGUCAUGCGUUAACAAGAUUUGUCUGGCAAUAUGAAUUGUGUGUCAGGAUUUAGCUGGUGACAUUGAGGUUGGAAAGUAAGGUUGAAGCAUGAACUGCACAUCAGAUAUAUUGUAGAGCAACAAGUGCCCGUGGUAGCUGGAGUAAGGUAAUUGAAAAAGCAGAAUAAGAUGAGUGAACUGGACCAGUUACGCCAAGAGGCAGAGCAGCUCAAGAAUCAGAUCAGAGAUGCCAGGAAAGCAUGUGCAGAUGCCACACUAUCACAGAUCACAGCUAACAUUGACCCCGUUGGGCGAAUCCAGAUGCGUACAAGACGAACGCUGCGGGGCCAUUUGGCUAAAAUAUAUGCCAUGCAUUGGGGAACAGAUUCUAGGCUCUUGGUCAGUGCCUCUCAAGAUGGCAAACUUAUUAUUUGGGAUAGCUAUACCACAAAUAAGGUUCAUGCCAUUCCACUUCGAUCUUCCUGGGUCAUGACUUGCGCAUAUGCGCCUUCAGGAAACUAUGUGGCCUGUGGUGGCUUAGAUAACAUCUGUUCCAUCUACAACCUGAAAACACGUGAGGGGAAUGUACGUGUGAGCCGUGAGCUCGCUGGACAUACAGGAUACCUGUCCUGUUGUCGCUUUCUUGAUGACAACCAGAUUGUUACAAGCUCUGGAGAUACCACUUGUGCACUUUGGGACAUUGAGACUGGCCAGCAGACAACCACAUUUGCUGGACACACCGGUGAUGUCAUGAGCCUGUCACUCGCCCCUGACUCAAGGUUAUUUGUCUCUGGUGCUUGUGAUGCCUCUGCUAAACUCUGGGAUGUUCGAGAGGGCAUGUGCAGACAGACAUUUACUGGCCAUGAGUCUGACAUUAAUGCCAUCUGUUUUUUCCCUAAUGGAAAUGCCUUUGCCACGGGCUCUGAUGAUGCCACCUGCAGGCUGUUCGAUCUGCGUGCUGAUCAGGAAUUAAUGAUCUAUUCUCAUGACAAUAUCAUAUGUGGCAUCACCUCUGUGGCAUUCUCAAAGAGUGGCCGCCUUCUUCUGGCAGGAUAUGAUGACUUUAACUGCAAUGUGUGGGACACACUAAAAGCUGAUCGUGCUGGUGUGUUGGCUGGACAUGACAACCGCGUUAGCUGCCUGGGAGUUACUGAUGAUGGCAUGGCAGUUGCAACAGGAUCCUGGGACAGUUUUCUGAAGAUCUGGAAUUGAAGCCUGAAGAUGUUCAUUUAACUCCAAAGUUGACUGGAAGACCAUUACAACUUGAGAAUGUUCACAGCAUCUUCUUCAACACUGUUUAAAC